AUGUCUUGUACGUGCUACGUAUGUUACUGUACAGAAGCAAGAGCAAAAAACGCUCCCUUUGUUCUUUCAUGGGACCUGCAUGGCUGCAUUACUACAUGUUGCAUACCACAUACCGCAUACCGAAUGCCGAACACAACACCUUCCCUGCUGCAGCCUGCACCAAGCCGGAAGAAUAUUCCGCGCGUGGAAGAUAUGGAUAUGGAUCAAGUUACUUUCGAUAUAGGUAGGGUCAAGGACACCGGGAGCAAGUGGGGCCAGCUGGGGCUGAUGGGGCUGAUGGGGGAAACAAGUACUGAAGGUUGA